AUGAGCGAUGCCUUCAGACUAGCUAGCCAGCUAUCAUCUCAGAAAGCUGCUGCUGCUGCCUCUGCUUCUGCUGCUGCUGCUGCUGCUGCUGCUGGAGACCCGCAGCAGCUGCGGCGCCUCAGCGCGCUCUGGUCUUUCUCUGUUUUUAAUGGGGCUUUCGAGCUCCCCCUACAAAUUUUAUCUUCUCUCAUCAUUGCAUGCAGCAUAGCAGCAGCAAACAAAGAAACAGAAACUUCCUUUAUUCAGGUACAACAACAUACACACCAGCACUAUCAGCAACAGAAGCAGCAACAGCAACAGCAACAGCAGCAGCAGCAGCAGCAGCAGCAGCAGUGGCAGCAGCAGUGCAGGAUGUAUACGAAAAGCUCGCAGCAACACCGCCCUAUGUGUGCUGCGUCUGCCGGUUCUGCUGCACGGGGUGCCGGCCUUCUGCACCCAACUGGCACGCCGCGACUGUAUCUGCGCGCCCGGGCAGCAGAUGAGUUGAUAGUUAGCCAGGCGAAGCGUACGCCGCGUUUUUUGUUUUCGUUUGACGAUUUGUUUCAGGAGGAGCCGUCAGAAGAUUCAACUUCUCUGUUGGAGGCACAGGAUCAGGCGUGA